AAAAUUGCAUCGAGAUCGACCUUUAGAAAAAUAACAUUACAUCGGCGGGAAAAUUAAUCAUGGCUGCUACUGCAACAUCAAAUGCAAUCACUUUGAAAGGAUCCACUGAAAUCGUUGCAGAAUUCUUUUUGUAUGGUAUUAAUAGUAUUCUGUACCAGAGGGGGAUUUACCCUCCAGAGAGCUUCACACGGGUCCAGAAGUACGGACUAACUCUCCUAGUAACCUCAGAUGAUAAGUUAAAAGACUACCUGAAUCCAGUUAUAGCACAAAUCAAAGAAUGGCUGUAUAAUAUGACAGUUAAGAAGUUGGUGGUGGUAAUUAAAGAUGUGGACACCAAUGAGGUUCUGGAGCGGUGGCAGUUUGAUGUGGAGGGGGACAAGGAGGCCCUUAAAGACGGUAAACCACGUCAGAAGUCAGAGAAAGACAUUAACAACGAGAUCAGUGCAGUCAUUAGACAGAUUACUGCCUCCGUCACAUUCCUACCCCUGCUGGAAGGAGCUUGUGCCUUUGAUUUAUUAGUCUACACGGACAAAGACCUAGACGUACCCGCUAAAUGGGGUGAAGACGGCCCUCAGUUCAUCGCCAACUCGGAGGAAGUGAGACUGCGCUCGUUCACAACCAGUAUACACAAAGUGGACGCCAUGGUAGCAUUCAAAAAAUAAGAUCGGCCAACAUAUCUUCUCUGAUUGGGGAAUUCAAAGACAGACUUCAGAUACUUUGAGCUUUGGUGUUAAAGAUAACAUUUAUCUACAUGUACCACAGACAAAAGGAAAGUCGUGUAACUGGAUGGAAAAGUUAAAGUGAAAGUUACUAAAAGUAGACGCUACCUUAUGUUAGGUAGGAAUGCCUGUGUUUUGCCGAGUCCAACCUGUGGGCAGAUUUUUGUUUACAUUGUUAGACAUCUUUUCACAAGUCUACAAGAAGAACUUACAAAUCUGACAUUUAUAUUGGUGCAUGUAUUGAAUUGUUAAUGUAUUGAUUGUUUAGUCACAAGAAUACAUCUCUUUUGAAGUAUUAUAGAUCAGUCAUUUACUUGUAAAUUUGUGUAUGAACGCGAGUGCUAUUUUGUUUUAUUUAUUCAUACUUAAAAUUGAACAAACAUCCAAUCAUUUUCUUUACUGUCAAUAAGUUCAUGUAAAUAAUUAUGUGUCAAUGCUGCUCUCAUGGAAUAAUAACCAACAUCAAUUUUAUCAUUUUUUUUCUCUUAACUGAUCAUUAUGUAGAUUUUUAUUCUUAAUGCUAUGGUCUCUGUAAUACAGCUCUUUUGAGUUGCAUGUAACUUAUGUUCUCUUUUCAUACUAUCUAUGUGUACACACCAUCAAUUUAUACUAUUACAUGUAUAUAUAUAUAAGUAGGAAUGUAGAAAAAAGGACUAUUUCCGUUUUGAGAUUUUUACAUUCAAUAUGUGUAUUUCUGCAUUGUAAUUUUCAUCAUUUGGUGCAUGAUAUUUCUGAAUCAGCUUUGGGUGAAGAGUACAAACAAAUAAAGUAUGUGUGUGAAGCAUGAACUAUUGCAGGCAGUUCUUGACUUUAUACAUCCGUUUAUUUUGACUGCUUUAUAGUUUAUGACAAGUAAGUGAUAGAAAUGUACCUGAUAUUCAAUGUAGUAAUAGACCCUCUUUUACUUGUA